AUGACAUCUUUAUUUGGAUCCACAUCAUCCACAUCAAUUACAAAUCAGGAACUCAAGAAUGAUAUUGAAGUGAUACAACCACCAGAAGAUAGUAUUUCAGGAGUAUCGUUUUCCCCACAGGCAGAAUUUCUUGCAGUUUCAUCAUGGGAUAAAAAAGUUAAAAUAUAUGAGGUUCAAUCAUCAGGCCAAACAACGGGAAAGGCAAUGUAUGAACAUCAAGGACAUGUUUUGUCAUGCUGUUGGUCAAAAGAUGGGACUAAAAUAGCAUCAGUGGGUACAGAUAAAGCAGGAAUGUUAUUUGAUUUACAUACGGGUCAAAGUAUUCAAGUAGCAGGUCAUGAUUUACCAAUUAAAUCAUGCCGUUUUAUUGAUGGAGGUAAUAUGGGGAAUAUUCUUGCAACUGGAUCAUGGGAUAAAAUGCUUAAAUAUUGGGAUUUAAGACAACAACAACCAAUUGCAACAGUCCAGUUACCGGAAAGAUGUUAUACGAUGGAUGUAAUGAAUCAAUUAAUGGUAAUUGGGACAGCAGAUAGACAUGUGUGUGUUAUUCAUCUAAAUAAUCCAACGACUAUUUUUAAAACGACACAAUCUCCACUUAAAUUUCAAACGCGUGUUAUUUCGUGCUUUAUUAAGGCAAAUGGCUAUGCUAUUGGUAGCGUAGAGGGGAGAUGUGCAAUUCAAUAUGUGGAAGACAAAGAUGCAAGUUUAAACUUUUCCUUUCGAUGUCAUCGCGAUUCUACAGGGCUUGCUAAUAAUAGCUCAAACGUAUAUAGUGUUAAUGAUAUUUCAUUUCAUCCACAAUAUGGAACUUUUGCCACAGCAGGUUCUGAUGGAACUUUUCAUUUUUGGGAUAAAGAUUCAAAACACAGACUAAAGGGCUUUGCUAAUGUAGGUGGAACAAUUUCAUGUACUGCUUUUAAUCGAACUGGUGAUAUUUUUGCAUACGCAAUUAGUUAUGAUUGGAGUAAGGGAUAUCAGGGAAAUACUCCACAAACACUUAAUAAAAUCAUGCUCCAUCCUGUUGGUGUUGAUGAACUUAAGCCAAGAGCAAAAAAAACUACAAGAUAA